UUUGGCUACAGAUCGCUACGGAUUGAUUGUGGAAAAUACCUAGAGUCAGUGUUAACAUAUUUCCAAGGAUAUCAUCAAGAUAAAAGCCAUGGACAAUCUGCUUCUCUCCGCUGCAUCAAAUCAUCAGAAUUUGUCAGAGUCUCGAUCAGAAGAGACUCGCUCCGAUACUGAAACGUGUAACGACAAAAUCAAGGAAAAUUCUGGAAACGGUCCGAGUCCAGAGGGGAACGUCACCGGUCCAAGAAAAUUGUUUAAAGAGCUAUAUCACGGGAAAGUUACUCUCUCCUUCCCAGAUGAAACAUGGGGCAUUCACAGGAAUCGACUUCCAAACAAAUCGGUUAUCAUCUCGCAGGCUAAACUUCUUGAUCAACUGGAACCCCCGCAAUACAUAAAGCAAAUCAUAUUCCGGGAUGACAUGAGAUUCAGUGUAUUUUUGUACAGUAGAGUAUUCGUCGAUGCGAGUGAAUGGAAAAUUCCAGAGACAUUCGAGGAGUUGGGGCUGUAUGUAUGUACACGAGGAAGCCAUUCAUGCCCGCCAGUGUACCCGUACGGGGCAGUAUUCGAAGGAGGAGGCUCAACCAAUCACGGAUAUUUGGUUCCACUCCCACCACUAAUCCCCGAGGUCCAAAUCGAGGCCCAUGUUAUAAAUUAA